AUGGCAAAAGCAUUAUCUGUACCUAGUGUGGAACACUUUAAUAUGACAGGAGACCCUAGUAGCUUGCCAAGCAAAUGGGAGCGAUGGCUGAAAUCGUUUCAAUACUUCGUUGUCGGUUCGGGCGUCACGGACAAAUCACAAAAACGAGCACUACUGCUGCAUCUGGUAGGACCGGAAGUGCAAGGGAUUUUCGAAACACUGGACAAUACUGGAAAUGACAAUAAUUUUGACGCCGCAGUUGAUGCAUUGAAUAAUUAUUUCAAGCCGAAACUCAAUGUAUCAUAUGAACGACACAAAUUCAAUUCAGAAAGACAGAAACAGAAUGAAACUAUCCAGGACUUUGCUACGCGACUUAAACAACUAAGUAUUUCAUGUGACUUUAAUGACACAAAUGACAGAAUACGAGACCAGAUUAUUGAAAAGUGCACAUCUACAACGUUACGCAGAAAGUUUCUCAGUAAUAAAGAUUUAACAUUAGAAAAAGUUUUGGAACUGUCAUCAACGUUCGAACGUGCACAAGACAGUGCCACAAAAAUGGAAAAUCAAAGUACACAACAGCAACAAAAAGAUGACACCACGUUUCAACUGAAACAAUCGACUAUGCGUCAAAGACAACAACGUGCGAACAGAGGUAGAGGCAGAUUUCGUCAACAGGCACCGCCAACACAUGUAGAAUGUUACAGCUGUGGCCGCAGGGGUCACAUGGCUAAGGACCCAAAUUGCCCAGCAGCACGUGCAGCAUGUACAAAAUGUGGCUUUAUUGGACAUUUUGCAGUAAAGUGUAAAUCUAAAAGGAAAAAGAUACAACCAAAACAAAAAGUUCGAUCACUUGAAAAUGAAACAUUCUCAGACAGUGAAAACGAAUAUCUGUUUAAUAUCAAAUCAACUGGGAACGUGUCAAAUAAAAUAACAGUCAACGUCGGUAAUAUUCCGCUGAAUAUGGUUAUAGAUUCAGGAGCUAGUUGUAACAUUGUUGACAAAAGUACAUGGAAUUUUCUAAAAUCACAGAAACAAUUUCAAUGCUUAACACAAAAAAUCCACAGACAAGAAAGUGUUCGCUUAUGGAAGCAAACAACCACUCAAAUUGCUUGGUAUAUUUCGUGCGAAAAUUGA